AUGAGUGAAUACCAGGAAGAAAAGGCACCACCUCUAACGACCAUAGCCAAUUUUCGUGAUGUUGCGAGCUUGAUCGAGAAUAUAAAACCCGGACUGUUAUAUCGGAGUGCGAAUCUUGAUGAUGCAAGUUUAGAAGACCUCGACAAUCUUCGUGAAAGAUAUCGGAUAAAAUCAAUAAUAGAUCUACGCGGCAUGAAUCCAUGGCCUAUGAUCUCUACCUGGCAAUUGCCCGGCAAGCACAACUCCGACUAUACUUACCAAUACCCAGAUUGUAUUGCUUGUACCAGCAUACUUGGCCUCCGAUUGCAUUACAUAGCCCUCGCUGGUCCACAAUAUGGCAAGUACGUGGCUAGUCAAAUUGGCUUCUGGAACAAGACAAAAGCGAUUGCGGAAAUUGCCUUUAUGCCAGAAAGCGGCGUCAAGAACUACAAGAAGCUUGUCGACACAAAAAUGUGCAAAGAACGUAUGGCUAUACCGGAAGCCAUCAUGGACCACUCCUUCCCACAGAUCAAAGCUGUCUUCAAGAUCUUGGUGGAUCCGUCGUCGUAUCCAGUCUUGGUCUUGAACAGAUAUGGCACGGACUUGGUGUCGAUGAUUGUUUCAAUGGUCUUGUUCGUUCUGGAUGCAGACACAGCCAGCAUACAUCGCGAUUACAUGCAAACUUACGAGGAGCUAGCUGACUCCAAACAAGAACGACUCGAGUAUCAAAGAGGCUUGGGAGUUGCCAACGAUAGUCUGGUUGAUGCUUACAUUCCCUUUGUCAACUCCCUGGACAAGUACAUACGCGACAAACACGGUGGUAUCGAACAAUACCUGUGGAAGAUUGGCAUAACUCAGUCUGAGCUUCAGACUCUCAGAAAUACACUGCAGUCCGGUUCAAGCUUGUCGGAGAAGCAAGGGUGGCUGGUCGACGUCUAA